CCGCCUGAAAGCGUGAUGAAAGAGAAAAGCAAGAACGCGGCGCGAUCGCGCCGUGUCAAGGAGAAUCAGGAGUUCCUCGAGUUGGCGAAGCUGCUGCCGCUUCCAGCCGCCAUUACAACGCAACUGGACAAGGCUAGUAUCAUCAGGCUGACCACGAGUUAUCUGAAGAUGAGAGCCGUUUUUCCUCAUGGUCUUGGUGACGAGUGGGGUGCCGCUCCGCCACCCAACAACCCCCUGGAAACCGCAAUUAAAGAGCUGGGCUCUCAUCUUUUACAGACCCUGGAUGGUUUUAUAUUCGUCGUGGCGCCAGACGGAAAAAUUAUGUACAUAAGCGAGACUGCCAGCGUACACUUAGGAUUGUCCCAGGUGGAAUUAACGGGAAACAGCAUAUACGAGUAUAUUUAUCCGGAGGAUCGUACCGAGAUGGUUUCCGUGCUGAGUCUUCCGCCCAAUUCCCCGGAUCACCGUUAUACAUAUCCACCGCCGAAUUCGCGAGGCGAGAUAGAGCUGGAACGUGCCUUUCUUCUUAGGAUGAAGUGCAUCCUAGCCAAGAGAAACGCGGGCCUCGUCACCGAAGGAUACAAGGUCAUACACUGUUCGGGUUAUCUAAAAUGCGUCUUCGAUGGACCUGUCGAAUACGAGGACAGCCUUAUCCGAAAUGUCGGUCUUAUCCGAAACGUCGGUCUGUUGGCGGUUGGCCAUUCCCUGCCAACGAGUUCCAUAACCGAAAUUAAAUUGCACCACAACAUGUUCAUGUUCCGGGCAUCGCUCGACCUGAAGCUCAUAUUUCUCGACGCGAGAGUAGCCCAUUUGACAGGAUACGACCCGCCGGAUCUCAUCGAAAAGACCUUGUACCACUAUGUGCACGCAGCUGACGUCUUGCAACUGCGGCACGCUCAUCGAGUUCUGCUGUGCAAGGGUCAAGUGACAACGAGGUACUACAGGUUUCUGACCAAGAACGGCGGGUGGGUAUGGAUGCAGUCGUACGUGACGAUCGUGCACAACUCAAGAAGCUCGCGGCCGCACUGCAUCGUCUCCGUCAACUAUGUGUUAACGGCCACCGAGAGCACGGGCUUGAUCCUCAACUGCGAGCAGAAGUUGCCCUGCUCGAGUCCUGGGAAUCCGCCGAGCGCGCCCCUCUCGACGCCCGCGGUCGCCGCGAACGACCUGGACAAUCACAGCCCGAGCCCGCCUUCCUACCGCGGUGGCAGGACGAAGGAGCCGCCCGAUACCGACUACGCCGACAGUUCCGGAUAUUCCAACUCGGAUUAUAUCACCGGUACAACGAAUCACAAUCAUUACUUGUCGUCGUCGCCAUACGCGUCGCAUAGCGUAGACGGAACGGUCCACGAAGACGGCACUUACUACAAUUCGGAUUUAUUCUACCAAUACAGUGAUCUCAAUCAAGAUCCGGUCAACAAUCUGCAGCAUCAGCAAGAAGCGCAUCAGCAUCUCUUGCACCAUGCGUCCUCCCUGACGACUAUCCAGCACGGUACGCAGAAUAAUCAGCACAAACGACAACAUUCUCAGCAUUUGCUGCAUCACGCGACCUCUCUGACCACUCUCGAGCAGCAGCAGCAGCAGCAGCAACAUAGUCCCCAGAGCGGCCAGCAGAAACGGCCUUACUCCACGUCCUCGAGCUCCUGCGGCAGCAGCGACGGUCUCGAGUCUCACUUCGCGAAUUCCAUGAAUCUGCUACCUACAUCGGGAUACCAUUCAUCGCACCACCACCACCAUCACAUGUCGGACUCGACGUUGAGCGAGGCGGGCGGCGUCAUCAUGUAUCCGAACUGCGGCUUCAAUAACAACGACAGCUACAACGCCGCGGCGCUUCAACAUCACGAUGGCUACCAGGGCCAGGCUCACAAUAACAACGGCAACGCGACGGUCAAGCACUCUCAUCAUCAACUGGAAGCCGCGUCGGCAGCCGGUUACACCAGCGUCAUCGUCGACUCGCAGCAGUACAGCCCGAACCCCGUUCAGGAGCUUCAUGGGCAUCAGACGGCACCGGCGGGCGACGGCACGCCGCCCCAGCAGCAUCAUCAUCAUCAUCACUACGACGGCCAUAAUCCUUUUGUUCGCUGACACCAAUUCGAGGUGCCCUGUGCGUAGCACUUUGACACUCCUGACGAUGGCGCAUGCGGGCAUCAUCAGCAUUAUCAUCAUCAUCGUCAUCAACAGCCACAGCAA